UGGAGAGGUAAUUAAUACUGAAAUGACAAUGGAUCAUGCCGGUAACAAAGUCGACGCCAUCGUCGUCGGCAACGUCGACGGCGAGCGCGUCACCGGGAAUGGACAGGAUCUCGAGCAGGCUCGCCGUGAUCCGGCGCCGGCUGAUCAUCCUGCCACUAGAGGCCUUCGCAUUGGCUUUCUCAUACGUGAGGUGAUGGUGGAGGGGUUGGCGUCGUUCUUGGUGGUGUUCUGGUCGUGCGUGGCGGCGCUGAUGCAGGAGAUGUACGGGACGCUGACGUUCCCCAUGGUGUGCCUCGUCGUGGCGCUCACCGUGGCCUUCGUGCUCAGCUGGCUCGGCCCGGCGCACUUCAACCCGGCCGUCACCGUCACCUUCGCCGCCUACCGCCGCUUCCCCUGGCGCAAGGCGCCGCUCUACGUCGCCGUGCAGCUGGCCGGCUCGCUGCUGGCGUGCCUCUCGGUGAACGCCGUCAUGAGGCCACGCCACGACUACUUCUACGGCACGGCGCCCAUGGCCGGCCGCGGCACCCGGCUGCCGUUCCUCCUGGAGCUCCUCGCCUCCGCCGUCCUCAUGAUCGUCAUCGCCACCGUCGCCACCGGCUCAGCAGGGAAGACGGCGGGAGGGAUCGCCAUUGGAGCGGCGGUGGGAGGUCUGGGUCUGGUAAUCGGGCCGGUGUCGGGAGGGUCGAUGAACCCGGCGAGGACGCUGGGACCGGCCAUCGUGCUCGGCCGGUACGACGGCGUGUGGAUCUACAUGGUGGCGCCCGUCGCCGGCAUGCUGCUCGGCGCGCUCUGCAACCGCGCCGUCAGGCUCUCCCACCGCAUCGUCGCCUUCCUCUGCGGCGCCGUUGGGGUUGCCGGAGCACCGCCGCAGACUAGCUAGAUCAAGCAUCACAUCAUAUCACAUCACGUAUAUACUGCACUCAACUUGCAAUUUAUUUCGGCGUGAGCGUGACGAGAUAUCUUGGGCCAAUUCAUUCACCACGCGGCCCAGCUAUUAAUUACAGCGAGUGGGUGGGCCCGAUCCAACUUGGACCGUUGCGGGCCAUGUGGGCUGUCAAUAUGGGCCAUAAAUAAAUUAUACGGGCUUUUGGAGAAAGUACGACGGCCCAUG